AUGCCCUGCCCCUGCACCUGCCUCUUUUCAAUUCAGGCUACACCUGCCCCUAGCCAAGCACCUAGCUCGCGCUGCUCCAAAUGCUGUGUUUCAAGAGCACUUUCUGAGCGGUUGGGUGUUUUGUCUCGAGGUCAGAUCACCCUGCUGGGGCAGGAGGAGGCCAUUGCCAUUGACGAGGAGCUGAUGUCAACGCCAGGCUUCUCAGUCGACCAGCUCAUGGAGCUCGCGGGCCUCUCCGUGGCCAGCGCCGUGGUGGAGGCCUAUCCCGACCUCCGCCGAGUGCUCAUCCUGUGUGGCCCCGGGAACAAUGGUGGCGAUGGCCUGGUGGCCGCACGACACCUGUAUCACUUCGGCUACUCACCUACGGUCGUGUAUCCCAAGAGACCGGACAAGCAGCUGUUCGUGAACUUGGUGACUCAAUGCGAACAGCUGAAGAUCCCGGUCCUCUCUGAACUGCCCGAUCUCCAAGGCUUUGAGGUGGCCCUUGAUGCUGUCUUUGGUUUCUCCUUUAAGGGCACGCCACGACCGCCCUUUGCCGAGAUGCUGAAGGCUAUUCAAAUCUCAAGCUUGAAGGUCAUGUCUGUGGACAUCCCAAGCGGUUGGGAUGUGGAGAAAGGGGACACCACGGGCGACGGGCUGCAACCCGAUGCCUUGAUCUCCCUGACGGCGCCCAAGAAAGCGGCUGCCCAUUUUAAUGGUCGACACUUCCUAGGGGGGCGAUUCGUUCCCCCGGGUAUUGUGGAGAAAUACAAGCUGCGGCUGCCGGCCUAUCCUGGCGUUUCGCAGAUAGUUGAACUCCUCGACAAGUCCGAGCUCUGA